ACUCAUCUGGUUCCCCGAUAUUAAAAAGAGCCUCCUUUUUACGCCCCGCCUGAUCGCUCUUUCGGCUUCUUCCUCUGUAUGGGCGUUGCAGCUCAACGUCCCACCCUCGAAACACCAACCUCCCUGCCUCUCCUGACUGCUGAUACCAGAUAUGUCGGCCAAUCAUCCCGGUUUUAUACUCUUCGGCCAAAAGAUGUCCUCCUCGUCGGGAUCUCCUCCUCCGGCUGCCCCUUCUCUGAUUCCAUCUAACUCUCCUCCCGAGCAUGAUUGGAGUAGCUCAAACAAAGCAGAAGUGGGAACGCCUUCUACCGAAAGCUCCGAACACCAAAAUGUGCAGAAAAAUGAGCCAACGAAGAUAAGCAGUUCAGAAGAAUUUAAAAUGAUGAAGAAACCAGACAAGAUUCAACAGUGUCCACGAUGCAACAGUAUGGAUACAAAGUUCUGUUAUUUCAAUAACUACAACGUGAAUCAACCUCGACAUUUCUGCAAGAGCUGCCACAGAUAUUGGACUGCCGGCGGAGCAAUGAGAAAUGUCCCAGUUGGUGCUGGAAGACGAAGGAACAGGCAACUGUCCUCGCCAUACCAUCGCCACACUACAGUAUCCUCCGAAGGCAUUCCAGUUGCAAACUCAAAGACAGACUCAUCUUCUCACCAGUGUUUCUCAACUCUUGAAUCCUCAUCUGCUUUCAAGUCAGCACCCCCAGAUAAUACUAGUACCGUGUUGAGAUUUGGUCCAGAUGCCCCUGUUUCUGAUUCUGGGAGUUCAAUUCUCAAUCUUGGAAAUUGGGAGGAGGCAUCCGGGUGUGGAUCUUCUGUGACCAAUGCGAGUGGGGCAGGGGGAAAUGAAGUAUCAGAACUUGCUAUGCAAUGGAACAGAAAUGUGUCCAAUCUGAUGAAUACAUCAAAUGGUGUGCGAUGUUAUCCUGCGGCUCCAUGGGUGUUUCCGGCGCAGUGGCAUGCUGAGAAUAAGAUUGGGUCACCUAACAUUCCUGUGCAAUUUGUGGCAGCUCCAUGUUGGAGUAAUGGGGCUAUCUUUUCUGCGGGAGGAACAGGAACGGGAACAGUUUCAAUUGGCUCUAAUGGCUGCCUCUCCUCCUCAUCCUCUACCAGUAAUGGCCAUUGCUCAGGCAAUGGCUCCCCAGCCCUUGGAAAACACUGA